AUGGCUCGGCAGGUCCGAUGGCUGAUAAUCCAGCCGUACUGGCAUUCGCCCACGACAUUCGGUCCUGCUCUCAGCAAGACCAUCCUCGAUCGCGUGGGCAGCUCCACUGUCAUCGCCACUGUCGACCGCUCAGCCUACCGCGCGAUGAGCAAGGGCAGCGAAUGGUACAAACUGUACACUCAGGCUCUCGAGCUGCCGCACGUGGCGACUCCCGAGCUUGCUCAACGGGCGUCUACCUGUCGUCAGCAGCCCGCGAAGUGCGACGACGGAUCCGCCGAACAGCCUGCACGCUCGGGCUACAUGUUCCAUGGCGAUAUGAAUCGCUUUGACAUGGGCGUUCGGGGGGCAAUGCGCUCUAUCAUGGAGCACCUCAAGGCGAAUGUGUCUCUGCAGCCUCGAAUGCUCUCCCGUGGGUGGGCGGCAAAAGGGGGCGACGGCAUGCCCGAGUCGGUAGACGAGCGCACGGGCGCCGCAAUUAUCAGCGAGAGCCAUCGCCGCUUUCGAAAUUUUUCCCUCGCCACCUCUGCCGCAAUGCUGCGCGCCUCCACGUGCUUUGCCCCACAGGGCGAUAUCAUCACGACGCGGCGCCUGUUUGACACUGUCGCCGCUGCCUGUGUGCCGGUGGUGAUGAAGAACCUGGGCAACGCGCCCAAGCAGUGGCUUUUGGGCAACAAUCCGUUCCCGCACUCGAUCAACUGGAGGGCACUCGCCUUUUUUAUGGCGCCGCGCGGCACUGUCCUGAGCGAGCGUGAAGGCAACGGCGGCACGGGUUUGACCUCGCGCAAUGCAUGCCGCCGCGAGGAGGCGCAAUGGCUGGAAGCGAGGCACGCCGACGCGCCACUCCUUAGGCGGAUGCGCCACAACCUGCGCGCGGCGUUCACUGCCCAUUUGGACGUCGAGCACAACCCGCGUGGCUUGGCGCGGGCUAUACUGCACGAGCUCAACUUUGUACUUGAGGACGCCGCACAGCUCCGUCGCGUCUCGGUCUACAAAGGGGUUGAGGUCACAAAGAAUGGACGCAUUCAGCUCCCACCCCCGCAACAGUUCUGA